AUGAAGCUCCACUGGCUGCUAUUUGCAGUCGUACUGGUCUGUGCCCUGUACACCACUUCGGGCUCCACUUCCAGCAGCACCGAUUCCACCACAACUGAUUCCAGCACCGAUUCCAGCACCACCACCACCACCGCCGCCUCCUCGUCCUCCUCCUCGGACACCACCGAGGCCAGCAGCAGCAGCAGCGAUUCGGCCACCAGUUCCAGCUCAUCCUCCAGCUCCAGCAGCUCGUCCUCUAAGAAGAAGAAGGCUGCCGCCAGGAGAAGGGCCGCCAGGCAAAGGGCCGCCAGGAGAAAGGCUGCCGCCAGGAGAAAGGCUGCCGCGAGGAGAAGGGCUGCCGCGAGGAGGCGUCGCAAUAACCGUAAAAGUGGUUAG